GCAGUUGUGAACUUCAAAGGAAAUGAACCAACAGAAGGAAGCAUCCUAUUGAAUAGUGAUGAAAAAAAGCUACAGGAAACACCAACUGAGAAAAAUGGCUUGCAAAGACUGAGAGAAAUACUGGCUUGCCCUCCACGUGGUUUACUUGUCAAAGCGGUAACAAAUGUGAGCAUCAUUGUUCUGCUGUGGGCUGUGGUCUGGUCCAUUACAGGCAGUGAAUGCCUGCCUGGAGGAAACCUGUUUGGAAUUUUAAUCCUGUUCUAUUGUGCAGUCAUUGGAGGAAAACUCUUCAGUCUCAUCAAAUUACCUACACUGCCUCCACUACCCCCUCUUCUUGGCAUGCUGCUUGCCGGAUUUCUCAUCAGAAAUAUCCCAGAUGUUAGUGACAAUGUGCAGAUCCAACACAAGUGGUCUUCCUCUUUGAGAAGCAUAGCCCUAUCUAUCAUACUGGUUCGUGCUGGCCUGGGUCUGGAUUCAAAGGCCCUGAAGAAGCUGAAAGGUGUUUGUGUAAGACUCUCGCUGGGUCCCUGUCUAGUGGAGGCUUGCACGGCUGCUGUUCUUGCCCACUUCCUGAUGGGUUUGCCGUGGCAGUGGGGAUUCAUUCUGGGUUUCGUUCUAGGUGCCGUCUCCCCGGCUGUUGUGGUGCCUUCCAUGCUCCUGUUGCAGAAAGGAGGCUAUGGCGUUGAAAAGGGCGUCCCCACUUUACUCAUGGCUGCUGGCAGCUUCGAUGAUAUCCUGGCCAUCACUGGCUUCAACACAUGCUUGGGCAUGGCCUUUUUCACAGGGUCCACAGUUUUUAAUGUCCUCAGAGGAGUUUUGGAAGUGGUAAUUGGUGUAUUAGCUGGAUGUCUUCUUGGAUUUUUUAUUCAAUAUUUUCCAAGCAGUGACCAGGAGAACCUUGUGUGGAAGAGAGCAUUCCUUGUUUUGGGAUUCUCUGUCUUCGCCGUGUUCAGCAGUGUGUAUUUUGGUUUCCCUGGAUCAGGAGGAUUGUGUACAUUGGUCAUGGCAUUCCUAGCAGGCCUGAGAUGGAACCAGAAGGAAGACGUUGAAAAGAUUGUGGCAGUUGCCUGGGAUAUUUUUCAGCCCCUUCUUUUUGGACUGAUUGGAGCAGAAGUAUCCAUAGCAUCUCUUAAACCAGGAACUGUUGGGCUUUGUGUUGCCACCCUGGGCUUUGCAGUUUUGAUACGAAUUUUGGCCACAUUUCUGAUGGUGUGUUUUGCUGGUUUUAACAUAAAAGAAAAGCUAUUUAUUUCUUUUGCAUGGCUUCCGAAGGCCACAGUCCAGGCUGCAAUAGGAUCUGUGGCUUUGGACACAGCAAGAUCAGCUGGAGACAAACAGUUAGAAGAUUAUGGAAUGGAUGUGUUGACAGUGGCCUUUUUGGCCAUCCUCAUCACAGCCCCAAUUGGAAGUCUACUCAUUGGUUUGCUGGGCCCUAGGCUUCUUCAGAAACUUGAACAUCAAAACAGAGAUGAAGCUGAAACAGAAACUUCUACACAAGCUUAGAGGUGAAAAGAGAAUGCCAGACAUGAUGAUUAGAAAGCAGCUACCAGAGGCUGCUUCUGUCAAGAUGGAUAUGGAAAUAUGUAAUAAUGUUUAAGCUUAAAAUAUAAU